AUGAUUUUGCUGACUGACCUCAUUGGCAGGGUGGGCAAUCUGUCUGCUCUGAAGGACUUCAUAUCGUUCUUGGGGACAGUUAAAGGCGAUCUAUCCAACAUUACGGCCCCGCCAUUCAUUCUUUCCCCUCAGUCGCUUACUGAGUUUCCCGCAUAUUGGGCAGAAAGACCUUCGCUGUUCGCAGCCACAGCUUCAGAACCUUCGGCCGAGCGUCGUAUGCUCAAUGUUCUCCAGAUCUACUUGACUAGCCUCCAACGGCAGUACUAUAUCGGACAGCCUGUCGAAUCCGGCACCAAGAAGCCUCUGAAUCCUUUCCUCGGCGAACUCUUCUUUUGUGAAUGUUGCGAUCCGGAAGGCAGGAGCAAAGUCGAAGUCAUCUGUGAGCAAGUGAGCCACCAUCCGCCCACGACUGCUUGUUUUAUCCGGGAUCAGCAGAACGGUGUGAGAGCCGAAGCAUAUUCUACUCAGCAUACCUCCCUAUCCGGGACCUCGGUUGUUGUACGGCAGUCAGGCCACGCAAUUCUCACGGUCGACAAGUACAAAGAGUCCUAUCUCUUUCCAUUCCCAGAUGUAUACGCAAAAAGCAUUCUCACCGGAUCGCCAUAUCCUGAGCUGCAGGGAACAUAUAAGCUCUUCAGCACGUCCGGCUGUACAGCGGAGAUCACCUUUGGCGGCAAGUCAAUGAACCCUUUCAGCAGUAGCGAGCGCAAUGGUUUCGAAGCGUCUGUGUACAAGACCACAGAUGCUUCCAAGAAGUCAAUCUUCCAGCUUCAGGGUGUGUGGAGCAGCAAGUGGACAAUAGCUGAUGGCCGCGGCCAAAAAAUCUCGACAUACGAUCUCUCAGAUCCCAACAACCAGCCCGUAGCUAUGAGACUACCCGACUCCCCAAGUCCGUGGGAAUCAAGACGAGCUUGGAAAGACGUUGCCGAGCCGCUGCGGAAAGGCAACUUCAGUGUGGCUCUAGAUGCCAAAUCUCAGCUCGAGCAAGCACAAAGAGACUUGCGGAAGAAGGAGAAGGCAUCAGGUAAGAAAUGGCAAUCAGCAUUCUUCAAGCAAGUCAAUGAGGGAGAAGAGGCAUCCCAAGAAUCCAAAGCACUUGCAAUGCUCCUGGCAGAAGCAAAAGGCAGCAUAGAUGCGAAGAAUGUCUUGGGCAACAACGGCUGUUGGAGAUUUGAUCCGGCCAAGGAGAAGAAAUGGAGAGCAGGUCAAACAUCAUGGCCAGCAACGCCCUUCGGAUAG